AUGUCAUUCUUCAACGCAACACCUCACAACGCUCCUUCUACGUUCGACGUUGAUAUGAUCACGGGGACCGCCGGACGCUCGCCCGUAUAUUCCUUACCUCCCGAACUCCUCGCCCACGCAAUGGGUUUUCUACCCGAGCUCGAGGAUUCUCCGCUCGCUAUGAUGCGUCUUGCGCUCGACGUAACGCAUGUCAGCUCCUGGUUCCGCGCGGUCGGCACCCAACUCCAGCCUUCUCUCUGGACUCGCCUUCCACUCCACAGUCCUGAGUUGACCAAGCUCUUCUACCACCGUGCUGGACGCUCCCCCAUCGAUGCCAUAUGGACAGAUCGCAUGAAAUGGGAGAACCCGACCCUUACGUUUGUCCUCCUCGGGCUUCUGCACCCCACCAUCAUACCACGCAUCCGCGUCUUCGAGCUUGUGUACCAUGGGGAACAAAGGCGCCCAUUCAGCCGCGUCGCGGGCCGCCUAUUCCAGACCAUUCUCCCCAACCGUUUCGCGGUUCAAUGGUCUUCGCUCGAGAGUCUUCGUAUAGAAGGUUUUGGCUGCGAUGAUGUCCAUCUCAUGGAAGUCCCCCCACCCGACAUCGACCCCGGCUGCAUAGCCGCGCUUCAGCACCUGGAUGAAAACGACCUCCCGUACCUCAACGAGCUAUUCCCUCAGCUUGAGAGCCUCGAGAUUAGCAACUUCUAUAUGCCUACAGUACGCCUCGUGCAGGGCGCCUCUAGUCUGUACGAUCAGCUCCGGUCGUUGACGCUCACGAAUGUUGGUCGAAUCCCGUUGUAUCUUCUGGCACAAUACUUCCAGCACAUGCCCGAAUUGGAGCAUCUCGAGCUGCAUGAUGUCAAAUCGUAUGAGCACCCUUCGGACUGGCCUGCGAAAGGCUCCUUUGGCGGCGUCUACCUGCCGGAGUUGCUGACACUCUACAUCUCCGCCGAGGAAACGGAACCCGUCGAGCACGUCAUCCAGUGGUUCGACAUGGAGAAAGCGGAAGUCGAGCUGGUGUUUCCCUUCCUCGCGCGUUGGAACGCGGACGAGCCGGAGCAUAUGGAAGGGGUUCAUUUCUUUUGGAAGAUGGGCCAGAGAGCACGUUCCUUUGCUUACGAGCCCCUUCGAAGCCGCAUUGUGGGACCCGUUCCUCCAGAGGAGAUCGCCCAAGUGGAACAGGACGUGUUUAACCUGGCUCGGGAGCUCGGUGCCUACAUGAACACCCAUGAGAACGCGAUUGGUUUCCCGCUGGAUGUCGAGAUGACUGAGGAAGAGUACAUUGCGAGCCAAGACGCGCCCGUGGUACCUCCGGACACUGAUCUUGGGAAUAGCAGCGGCAUGGAAAUCUUCAGGGCGCGGGCGUCGAAGAAUCUGCCAUGA